AUGGAAGAACUCACCAGCUUCCUGACAUCUAUCGGCGAAGAGGUCGAAGAUGCCGAAGAGGAAUGCUUCCUUCUCUUCGCGCAAGACAUUCCCUCGGCCAAUCUGGGCUUCGUCGAUUCACGAGCAACAUCUGUCGAUGUAACCAUCCACGGACAGGACUAUACCAUUAACCAAUCUCCAACGCUGUUGUCGUCGUCGCGCGCGGGUGGCACGACUGGUGCAGCGCUUGAACUCGGCUGCGGAAUCUCAGGCCUCAUAGCCCUGGCCCUCUCCCCCACAAUCACGCACUACAUAGCCACAGACCAAGAAUACGUGCAUCGCCUGCUGCGCUCCAAUCUCGAGUCCAACGCCCCGAAGCAACCACACCCCAAGUCCAAGGCCAGCAACCGGAAACCCGGUAAGCAGGGCGCCAACAACAAAGCAUCACAAAAGUCCACCACAAACAUCACCUUCACCACCCUGGAUUGGGAAACGGAUGAUCCCGCCACGUUGAAGGAUAGUGUUCCUGCUAGUGACGGGAACACGGAUCGCGGGUUUGAUGUGCUGAUUUCCUGUGACUGUAUCUAUAAUGACGCCUUGAUUGCGCCGUUUGUACGCACGUGUGCCGAUGUUUGUCGGCUGAGGGCUGUUUAUGCUCCUGGCGGGGAGUUGCGGGAGGAGAACAAGCCGACGGUUUGUGUGAUUGCGCAGCAGCAGCGGUCACCCGAGGUGUUUGAGGCUUGGUUGAGGGAGACGAUGAGGGAGUUUCGGGUUUGGAGGGUUAGUGAUGAGGUGUUGGGGAGCAAGUUGGCGUCGGGGUCAGGGUAUUUGGUGCAUGUGUUGGUGUUGAAGGAUGGGGGUCGGUGA